AAAAAACCGUUAGUUGCAGCCCUAUAUUUAACUUAAGGUGGACAGCUUUACGCUGUGCCCAGGAAACACAAUGUAACUACACCAAACGCUGGCUCAACUAGUGGUUCCGUUCUUCCCGACAGGACUUGAACGCAGCGUCAGGCCAGGGGCGGGUAGGCGCUAACUGUGCAGUAUGGCGGACGAUGGAGACAGUUCGAGCGGACCACUUGACACAAGCGGCGGGCAGGGGGCAGCGGAUGAGUCGGGCGGGCUCGGCCUCGGCGGGAUGUUGCUGAAUAUCAUUAUUCUGGUUCUGGUGGUGGCGGGCUGUCUGGCGGUGUACCGGCGGUGGUGCAGGCGGCUCGGCUCCGACGCGGCCCAGGGCGACGAGGCCUCGGCGCUUCCCAAGAUGAGGAGACGGGACUUCACUCUGGAGCAGCUGCGGGAGUACGACGGACUCCAGAACCCCCGCAUCCUGAUGGCUGUCAACAUGAAAAUUUUCGACGUGACCAGCGGCAAAAAGUUUUACGGGAAAGACGGCCCUUACGGCAUUUUCGCGGGCCGGGAUGCUUCAAGGGGCCUGGCCACCUUCUGCCUGGAGAAAGACGCCCUGAGGGACGAGUACGACGACUUGUCAGACCUCAGCGCCGUACAGAUGGAGAGCGUGAGGGAGUGGGAGAUGCAGUUCAUGGAAAAAUACGAUUACGUUGGGAGGUUGCUGAAGCCCGGAGACGAGCCAUCGGAGUACACGGACGAGGAGGACAUCAAGGACCACCUGAAACACGACUGAAAGGUUCCAUCACACCGACCAAAGCCAGGAGCCCCAAACAGCUGCGACGGACCGCCCCCGCCCCCCACCCCCCAGACCUCCUCCUCCUCCCGCCCCAAUCGAUCUUCCUGCCACUCUCUUCGCCUUCCCCACUCCCCAGACUCUUUGCCUCCUGAAUCUGUCCGGUGCCGUGGCCGUUCUUGAAGGACAGGACUCAAGUCUCAACGCCCAGACCUCCCUCCCUCUUCAUCCCGCAAAGAUUACCACCCAAAAGAAAGCAAUUGGAAACCUCCGAAGAGGGGCUUCUUUUAACGACAGCAAAGGCGCCCGGGGGGGAGAGAGGUUGUGCCAUUAGAUGUAUAUGAAACAAAACCGCAAAAUGUUGAAGGGGGAAGGGAAAGGGGGGUAAAGUGUGGUCAUUGUGGUCACCGCCGCCGAGCGCUGGGUGGAGGUUGGUCGGAGUUAGUCAGAAACACAUUGGUCGAAGAUGAUCAGUGGAUUGGGAUGGGGAAACAGAUUUCUCUCUCUUUUUAUCUGUGGUUUAGUCACAUUGCGAAUGAAACUGCUUCAGCUUCGGACAGCUUAUCAGUCAAUCAUUUCUGUUUUUUUUUUGUUUUUUUUUCAAAUCAUUGCCCCCCCCCAUUGUUGAGAGGGCAGUGCUGUGGCCUAACCAAAGGUAAUUGGCGGGGCGUCGCAUUUUCCUGUUGUGUUUGUAGUGUAUGCACUACUAGUUUUCUUUGUUUGUCACCAUGUGAUUGUAUUUGUUUAGUAGCAUAGAGGGUGGGAGAGUGGGAGGGAAGGCUUUUCCUUUUUCUUUUCUUUUUUUUUUUCUUUUGGAUGGGGUUGGGGGGUGGGGGGGUCCUUGCCAUAUGAAACCCUGUUUUGAAUCACAUCAGAGGGACUGAAACACUGAUCGGGAAUAAAAAGGGAAGGUGUUAAGGCAGUCCUAAUCAAUCGACUCAAUUGUUUACAUGCCUCACAAGCCAGCUGCAAGUCUGUAGAUUCCCCUGAAAACGGUCCAAGUAUUAAUUGUGCCUUAUUUUGUUUGUUGUGUCAGUCCUGACUGGUCUAACAGAGGAGGUGAGCGCAGGGAUGGAGGUGUUGGCUUUUCCCAGACUCGGUGCCCCAGACUGUAAAGAAGGCAUACGUUCUGACAGUCGUCCACGCACAGACUGUAAUAUUUCCCCACUUCACAAACUUUGUAAAUAAACCGUAUGAAUUACUCAGUGUUACUGCCAUAUUUAUGUAGUUGAUGAACUCCAUAUACGUUUAAUGCUAUGUCGUAUUGGCCAAAACCCCCAUGGAUUUAUUUUUUUUUUUGUUUGUUUUCCUUUUUUUCUUUUUUUUCCGUUCUGAACUUAUUUUUAAACGUGUGUGAAUUUCCCCCUCCCCCCUCCAAAAAAAAAAAAAAAAAAAAAAAAAAAAAGGAGUGUUGCAAAGUGCUGCAGGGCGGGACCGGGAGCUGUUCUUGCGAAUUUUUUUUUUUUCGGAGACGUUGCUUAUCCUGUAAAUAUAUCUAUCAUUUUAUUAAAGCAUGUGCAACAACAAAGUGAGCUAUGCCGAAUUCCCAUCACGUCAUGUAUUUAAAUGUUGGGUGUGUGUGUGUGCGUGUCUGCGUGACAGAGGCAGGAAGGGAUAUGUUCAUGCAUAAUAAAUCGAUUUGGUUAAUAAUUGAAGAUGUCUGGAAUUUAUUUGCUGUUAGAGAAGGAAUGAUUGGAUCGCUACCAGGAAAAUGUUUUGUAG